AUGGCCGCAUUUUUAAAGCGCGAAAAAGAAGGUACGCCUGGCUCAGCUCAAGAUGACGACGCGGACUGGGCCCAUAACGUCACGUUAGAAGAAUAUUUAAGUAAUAAUUCCUCACAAGAUGUUUUUGACACCUUGUACGACGUUCCAACGGGAAUGAUAGUAUUGUUAUCGUUCCUGUACGGCUCAAUAUCUGUAUUGGCUGUGAUAGGGAACUUUCUGGUGAUGUGGGUGGUCGCAACGUCGCGUCGAAUGCAAAGCGUAACUAACUGUUACAUUGCUAAUUUGGCACUGGCUGAUAUAGUUAUAGGAUUAUUUGCAAUACCAUUCCAAUUUCAAGCGGCGCUCCUCCAGCGAUGGCUCCUACCUCAUUUCAUGUGUGCAUUUUGUCCGUUCGUGCAAGCUCUGAGUGUAAAUGUCAGUGUGUUUACAUUAACCGCGAUUGCCGUAGACAGACACCGUGCUAUCAUAACACCUCUCAGGUAA